GGAGCGAAUUUUAGCGCUUGGUAUCGCAGAGGGAGCUUUUCAAAAUGGCGUCAAUCCAGAGCAACGAAAGUUCAGAAUCAGCCGAACAAAAAGUCAGUUCCACAAAAGAGAGCUCUCCAGAAAAUGUUGAGAAACCGUCUGCAAGAAAGCCCAUUAACCAGGUCUACUAUGGUAGAAGUUUCAUGCGAGAUAUAUUUUCGGAGUCAAUUUUAGGUUUCAUCUUCUGGAGCGUUCUCCAUGGCUUUGCACCAAUGGUAUGGUUCUACCCCCUCAACAUGCUUGAGAUCUCGGGGUAUGAAGCUCUCGCCGUCGUCUGGUUCUCACCAAUCCUCUGCGCCAUUCCUGCCAUAUUCGCAGCCCUGCAGACCAGGACGGGACUGUUCUUGCUCCGGGCGAUCAUGGUGGGGAGCGUGGCAUCCUUCCAGGCACCCACAACGUUGACACGCCUGGUUGUACUUACAGCCGGCAACUUUGCACUCGUGCUCCUGUGGUGUGCAACCUGGUGGCAUAAAACAUCUCAACAAAGAGUGGUGUCUUUCUGGGGAUCCAUGGUUGGGUUCCUAGCAAUGUUAGCAUCCCGUAUCUGGUACGUCUCCAUCAACCCAACUUGGAGCGAUAAUACAAGUAAUACCUUCAUCCUCACCAUCGGCGCCAUCGCUGUGCUGGAACGAUACUUCGCCGCCGAGCCAAAGAGUCCGGAGCCCAAGCCGAAUGCUUCGAUAUUGGGUCAUUGGAAGAGUAUCGGUGUCGGCUUUGGGAGUCUUCUGUUCGUGACGCAUUGGAUCUAUGGGGAGGUGUCGGUGGUCAGCCGGUGGUCAGUUACUGGGUAUCCCAUGCCGGGGCCACACCCAUUCCCAGCAAGUGCUGCAGUAUUUCUAGAAAUCGUCACCGGUGUUCUGCUGUCGACCAAGCUGGAGCUUGUCACAAACUUCUUAUGGGUUUGGUUUAUUGGGGGACAUGCAGCGAUUGGACUAUACUUUCUUUCAGGCUUCUUCUCCUUUGCCCUUGGUCUCAUCUUCAGUCUCUUCAUCAUGGCCGGGUGGCCUGAGAUGAGUGACCGCUUGACCAGCUGCCCUCCUGUCAAGACGCUGCUUGUUGUCAUGGCAACCUAUCUGUUUGAGAUGCUCUUCUCGGUGUGGACGGUGGCCUACAACUUUGUGCCUUAUGGAUAUCUAACCAGGGAGCAGAGUGCCAUCCUAUUGGUGUUCUGUGUGUUUACGAUAGGUCGAGCCUUGACCAAGGGAUCGCCAAGGAACACCGAUGACAAGGAUUGCACUCAUAUAGGAUUCUCCAAUCUAGAUGGAACCGGAUCUCACCAGGCUUUUGCAGACGCCAAGAUUUUGAUCAUCCUGGUUGCCAUCGUAGGUAUUGCUGGCUACGCAUUCCGUCUUCCAUCCCACGCGUCCAGAUCGGGUGUAGCAAAAGAGAACCCCCAACAGUUCACCAGUCUUAUCUGGACAGCACACUUUAUGUAUGAUAACAACGGAUGGCCAAGCUAUGAAAGGGCGGCGCAGAUGUUGGAAGAUUCAGGGGCUGAUGUUAUAACACUCCUAGAGUGUGAUGCUUCAAAGCCGUUCUUGGGUCAUAAUGAUAUCAGUAUGUGGCUGGGAGAAAGGCUACGCAUGCAGGACGACUUUGGGCCUUCCACCAAGCUCCAUACGUGGGGGAAUUUACUUCUAUCCCGCUACCCCAUCCUAAACUCAGAGCACCAUCUUCUUCCGUCACCGAGGGGCGAGUUAUCACCAGCUAUCAGCGCUACGAUCAAUAUGACGGGUAACUUGGUGGAUUUUGUCGUCACUCACAUGGGAAAUGACAGAGAUGACGAGGAUCGAAAGUUGCAAGCAGAAUUUCUGGCUAAUAUUACAAGAAGAAGCAAAAAUCCAGUUGUUUUUAUGGGAUAUGUCACAUCGCAACCUGGAAGCAGAGAUUAUAAGAAAUUGACAACUUUUGGAAAGUUAAAGGAUAUAGAUUCAACUGACAUCCACAGAUUCUGUGAAUACAUAAUGUACAAAGGAUUAAGAAGGUUGGGAUACGCCCGGGUCACUCACGGAGGACUUAGCGACACUGAGAUCCAGAUGGCUAAGUUUGAGUUCCAGAUGGCCAAAUUUGAGAUCCCCAAGAAUAGAAAAUUUGAAGACAAUGAUGAAAUCAUCACAGACAAGAAUCAAAUAGAUGAAAGUGUCAGAUUUACAGAUAAGUUUGGUGAUUAUCUAGUAGGGCAUGGAUCUGGAGACCAGCAUCGAUAUCACAUGAGUACACCAAAAUACUUCACCAGGAAAUCACGAGAAGAGUAGAAGAAAUAAUCAGAAAGCUGCAACAUGAAAUAUUGGGUUCAUAACCAUUAACUUUGGUCUAAUAAUUAGAUAAUUAGAGCAAUGUUUCUUGAUAAUAUUAACUUAGUAGAUACUAUUUCUUUAGUAAAGGGAGAGCGAAUUGUCUGGGGUCUGUCAUUGACUGUAUGUAUAAAUAGCUAGUCUUAAAAUGUAUCUUUCAAAUGACUUAAUUGUUCAGAGAAUAAAUUAGCCUAUAGUUGCAUUUCCACAGAGAAAUUAAAACUUCUCUCCAGGAAAAGUAUUUGUUUACAGCUACUUGGUAAACCUAACCAUUGCAGUAUGAUUGUAAUGGGUAGUCAGUGGAUCGGUGUGUUACCAUUCAAAUGGGUUUAUAUUGCAAGACUACACUUCUGAGAAUGAUGCAUUGUGGGUUAGGAACUAGGCCAGAUGUGAGAAGAUGAGGACUUGAGGGGGCUCCUGGUUCGUAUUUGCCAUAAACCAAUAAUGUUUACUAUUUGAAAGGUGUUUUCCAACGGACUUUACCCAACCCUUGCAGGAUUAGGAGUUCAUUCAUGUAUGGAUUCAUGUACUGGAGUGUGUCUCGUGCCAAACUUUAUCAACUCAAUUCAAGGAAGGGAUACUGUGUGCUUCUCUUUUAUUUAGUCUAAAUACACUUUGUAUUAUUUUUUAAUGUUUGUAUAAAAUUGAUGUGAUUUAUGAUAAAAUGAUAAAUGUGGUGAAUAUAUAUGCAGGAAUGUAAGUCUAGGCCGGUAGAUCCGAGUCGCAAGGCCACUGGAGAAAAUGUUCUCCCAUAGACUUUGAACAUGUGGCUUGGGCCGAAGCCAAGGCCGGCAAAAUAUGGCCUCGAGGCCUGGCUUGACUACAUCCCAGCUGGUAUGUAAUUGCUCGAUUCAUGUUGUCUGACUAGCUAGUGUGUACAGCUUAUGCACAGGUAUUUUGACUUUAAUUUCUCCUAUAUGGCCAUUAUUGGAUGAUAAUAUCAAUAGUAAACUACGAUGAAAAUCUUUGGGGUCAUAUGCCCCCAAGAUAAUAUCUUUGGGAUAAAGAUAUACAUGUAGAGAUACGUUCAGUAUUUAUGACUGAUUGUAACGUUGGUAAACAGUAUGCCGUAGACUUAACAGUAGAUGUUUAAUUAAACAAUUGUAUCUUUCAUAUUACAGGGCACUUUUACAGCAUGUAUGGAACAAGGCAAUUAUGCAUGUUUUCUCUGCAUCUUACUGUGAAGUGAAAUUGUUAUAUAUUCUUUUUUUAUUUUUACAAGGUGAUUGGUGCUGAUGUGUUUCUAUUUUUUUUUGGUUGCUUUUUUUUAAUCUCUGUUUGAUUCUAGCCAUUCUCAAGAACAUGUUUAUGGUCACAAAGGUCCUCAUUCUAGCAAAAUUACUCAAAAUCAAUAAAAUUUAGUAUUUCAUAUCUUUUAUCAAAUAUCUCUUUAUCAAUGCCAAUUGACCCCUCAUGCAAACAUUUUAAAUGAACUGGGGAAGUUGCAGAGACCAGUGAUUUUGAGAAAAUGUCUUUGAUAUCAUUUCAAAUAUUACCAUAUCAUAGAUCUAGAUCUUUUAAUUGCUAGAAUAUAAAUUGAGAUGAAAAUAGCCAGCAUGGAUUUGCACAUAUGGGCAUGUGAAUUAUUAUUAUUGCUUGGAAAUAUACUUUUCUCUAGACGAAAUAGCAUGCUUGCAUGACAAGUUUCAACGAAAGCCAUGAAACAGUUUGGUAGUUAUUUUAUUGAAUGCUCAUUCUGUUGAAAUUAAUUUUGUUAUCAUUACAGUAGAUAGAAUAUGUUUAUAAGCUCUUCCAUGUCUCAUAUCCGUCGUGCAAGAUUGUCACCAUAAAGUAUAUUUAUUCAGUACUUGUAAGUUUUCCAGUGUAUUGUCAGUUAAUGAAUAUUCAAUAUCUUGUUGAUCAUGAAUAUUGAAUAUGCUGAUGAUCAUGAAUGUUAACCAUGAAUAUUCAAAAUUUUGUUGAUCAUGAGUAUUGAUUGUGAAUAUAUCCAAACAUCUUUUUUUUAUUUUAAAUAUUCAGUGUAUAUUUUAUCGUGAAUAUUGAUUGUGAAUAUUCAUUAUAUUAUUGGUCAUGAAUAUCGAUUGUGAAUAUUAAAACAUCUUGUUGAUUUUGAAUAUUCAGUUACUUUUUUCUAUCAUGACUAUUGACCAUGAAUAUUCAAUAUCUUGUUGAUCAUGAAUAUUGAUUACCGGUAUGAAUAUUCAAUUAUCGUAGGCUAUGUCCUUGUGAUAAUUUAUUGAAAUAAAUUGUGGAGAAAAAGGAAUUUAAUCAAGCAAAGCAUUGUGGAUUCACUGCCAUAUUGUAUUAGAUGUAGAAUUAGAUACAGGGUAGUGAAGGAUAGAAUGUAAUUUAGAUUUCGAUCUAGUCAAUAUAUAGCCCUUGUUAGUUGUAUUUUUGUUGAUCAGUCUGUAUGUGUAGCUAGAUGUAAUAUAUCAUUCCAUUGUGAACAGACUGGUGUACAUUUGAUAUAGUUAUUGAAAAUUUUGUGUGAUUUUGGCAGACAAGAUGCAAUAUAUAAUAAAUCUCAUUAUUUUACGUACAUGUAAGAGUGUAAGAUAAGUUCAGCUCGCAUAUAGUAUACAAAUAUACAAUGACACUCGAGGAUCUGGCUAAAACUAUUAGCAUCGAAGGAACAUCACAUAGUACUAUUCUCCCGAGGCCCGAGGGAGAAUAGUACUAUGUGAUGUUCCUGAGUGCGAAUAGUUUUAGCCUGUUCCGAGAAUGGGUCAUUGUAUAUUUGUUUUAUAUCCCUUCCACUCAUUCUAUUUUACAGCAAAACGAUUUUUAAUAAGUCGAUAUUGAACAAUCGUUGAGAAGUUGAGAAAAUAAUAAGUCUUGCCGUAUGGAUCGUCUGUUCAGCGAGCGCACCUGGUUAGUGCAGCUCGCCGAAAGUUUUCUGUGGCAUGCAGUGGAGAGUACCGUUAGGCUGAGCGGCAUUCUGCUCGCAUUGCACCGCAUAGCUCGCGAAUCGCGAGGGGGGGGACAAACAAAUGUAUAGUUCACUUUUUCCCUAGGGAAAAAAUGGACUGUGCGUGAUGUCGGCAAGGAAAGUGAAAUAUUUCACGGCAAACGUUUUUCGUAGUAAAACUAUUCUAUUUCUCCUUGUGUACACUCUCAAUACAACAAUAAGGGAUAUAAAUGGGAAUAUUAUACAUUGCCUACCUGGUUGAAGUGAAUAUAGCAUUUCAUUUCCCAGAAGGGAUUAUAUUUUGCCCGAAGCGUGCAUUGCCGAGUGGCUAUUUUAUCCCAGGGGAAAAUAUGUACCAUCAGAGGGAGUUUAAAUGAGUCAAGAGCUUUCACAGUACACCAUGUAUGCUUUUGUGGGCAUGUGUUGGUCCUGAAAAGGACCACCCAAACUCAAUGUUUUUACAAGAUAGUGUAUUCUUGUCGUCUUCAGGAGAAAGGGAACUGAAAUAUUAGUAAUUUAACAGAUAUACCAGGCAAUGGACUCUUAUAAUGAACCCUAAACCAAUUAUGUUGGCGAUUUUCAUACCCAUUUUUACUGUACGCAUGUAAAUCUGGCUGUCGAAAAACAAUCUUUUCCACAUGCUUUUGUAUAGUGGAUACAGGAUAGUGUCCACCUGAAAUGGCAGUGAAACCGUUUCUAUUUGCAAGAUAUACACACUUCUAUACAUAUACAUGUUCUGUUCAGCAUCUGCACCAGAGGGAUGUUUCACAGAGAUUUAAUUAUGACUUAGAGUCACACUUAAAUGCUGAUGCGUACACGAUAUGAAACAUGCAAUCAUAUUGAUCAAUAUGCAGUAAUGCAUUUCUUCUUGGCGUGAUCUGACAAUGCCAUGCCUUCUAUACCGCAAGCAACUAGGCAUUUAAUUGCGACUGUAAGUCAUACUUAAAUCUUUGUGAACCCCCCCCAGGACACUGAUGGAUUUCCAUGUGUUGAUGUUGAUCGGAUCCAUCGCAACUCUUUGUAAGAAAGGGCCCUGUACUUAUAUUUUGUGUCACUGAAAUGUAUUGAGAAUAAUAUAUUGGGGUGUGGUAUGUAUCAUGUUUAUUUUGUUCAAUUAGAUGGCACGUUUUAUCUGAAAUCAUAUGCAGGUGUGUUUAUGUAUGUCAGAUGGUAUGACAAGUAUUAUGGUAUUGGUCAAAUGUUAAAGUGAUUUCUUUUGAAGUAUUAUAAGCAAUAAUGUUGUCAAAACUGAAUAAACUUUGAAAUCAUUA